AUGGCCCAUAUGUUGAGAAAAGCUUCAUUAGUCAACUUGGAGACCGAGAGCAUAAGUGGCUGCUCCAACACAACGGGCGCUGCUUCCGAGAUGCGUCUUAAGAGCAACGUCAGGACGCUAUAUGAGCGUAUGCAAGCAGCUCUGCGUCAUGGCAGACGGAAGCAGAAACGUGGGCUAGAAAUUUCUAAGCCAUUUGGUUUUAAGAAAGAGUCAGUUUUACUGCCCGGCAUUUCACAAGAAGAGCUCUGUCUUUUUCGAGAAAAGGCUGCCGCUAGUCAAAUCGGUAUUGCAGAAGACUCCAUGUUUUCCGACCCGUCAUCAAGCUUACCUCGGCCAAUUCGUUCACGAUCUCCUUAUCGGAGCCCUUCGCCUUAUUCGAUUGUCUCUGUUCACCAACAGUCCAACUGACUCAAUGACUGGAUGCAAAUC